GAAAUUCCGACCAUUUAUACGUUUCCUGUACAUUUUACCCGACUAAAAAACUCGCAAAUCUUUGCCAAAAUGGAGAACGAACGCGGAGAACUCGUAGAUCUCUACAUCCCACGCAAGUGCGACGCCACCAACCGUAUCAUCCGCCCCAAGGAUCACGCCUCUGUUCAGAUUGCCAUUGCCAAUGUUACAGCCGAAGGUCGCGCGAUUCCCGGAGACAACAAGUCGUUUGCCCUCGCUGGCUUCGUCCGCGCAAUGGGUGAGGCGGAUGAUUCGUUGAACCGCCUGGCUCAACAGAGUGGAUAUCUGGAAAAGGUGUGGAGCGCUGUCAAAUAAAGGAAAGAAGAAAAAAAGUAGAAGAAGGCGAAGAAAACAGAUGGCGAAAAAUGGUGGAGAAAUGUCAC